UGGUACAUGGUUAGGUUUUUUUAUAUAUACUCUCAAAUCUUUCCUAUAAAUAUAUGAGACUAUCACAAAGCCAGUGAUAAACUAGCUCCAACAAAACAAAGAACAUACAGUUAUAAUAUAUAUAUAUAUAUAUAUAUAUAUAUAUAUAUAAAUAUAUAAUGGAGGUGAGCAUUGUCUCAAGAGAACUAAUCAAGCCAUCCUCAGAAACUCACCAUCUGAAACCAAACAACCUCUGCCUUUUUGAUCAACUCAUUCCUGAUACUUUCGUCUCUGUCAUUCUCUUCUAUCCCAAUAACAAACUCAAUAUUAUUAUCCAUGAUGAUCAUCAUGAUCACCUCUCCAAAACCAUAACCCAUCUGAAGAAAUCCUUGUCAGAGACACUCACUUUGUACUACCCACUUUCUGGGAGAACCAAAAACAAUCUAUACGUAGAUGAUUUCUCCACUGGUGUUAUUUUCAUAGAAGCCAAAGUCAAAUGUCAAAUGUCAGAGUUUUUUCAGCGAAGGAAAAACGAAUCUCAGAACCUACUAGUCCCAUUCCAACCCUUCUGCAAAGAAAAAACUUGGCCUCCUCUUCCCCCACUUGCCUUUCAGAUCAACCUUUUCUCUUGCGGUGGAAUCGCGCUAGGCAUUUCCAUGUGCCACAAGAAUGCCGACGCCGCAACGCUAAGCAAUUUUCUCAAAUCCUGGACAGCUUUCUUUACCCAAUCUCCCCACAACAUAAUAAAACCCGAUCUCUCUUCUCCUUCUCUUCACUUUCCUUCCAAAACAAACGAGUUUCUUCAAAACUACACUUCUUUGAUGGACCGUAUGUGGUUCGGGGAAGGAGAUUAUGUCACAAAGAGCUUUGUUUUUCGCUCAAAAUCCAUCGAAACUCUUAAACAAAAGGCGAAAAGCGAACGAGUUCCCAACCCGUCUCGCAACGAGGCCAUCUCGUGUUUGAUAUGGAAACACGCGAUGGCGGCUUCUUGGGCUGUGUUUGGAUCCCCUAAGCCAUCCAUUGCUGGCCAAGCGGUGAACAUGAGACCCCGAAUGAAGCCUAAACUCGACGGAGCGGUUGGAAAUUUCUUCUGGUGGGCACUAGCUGCGUUUGAUCCAGACGAAUAUAGCAUUGAGAGCUUUGAUGAUGAUGUGGAGUUGAGUGAUUUAGCGGUACAAAUGCAUGAUGCAACUUCAGGAUUCUUUAGUGGAGAUUUCAUUGAUCAAGUGAUGAGUGGUAACAAAGAGGGAGUGAGUGAGAUUUUGAACCAGCUGGAGUACAUGUGUUCGAUCGAGUUGGCUGAGCCUGACUUCAUUAUGUUCACUAGCUGGAAAGGAUAUUUCAGUGAUGUUGAUUUUGGGUUUGGGAAACCGCUGAGCGUUGGAAGCAUAGGAAAGGUUGGCCCUGCUUUUAGAAAUUUGGUCAUAUUGGUUGACGCUGAUGAUCUGUACGGUAAAGGCUCAGUCGAGGUAUUCAUUACCUUAAAAGCUAAAGAAAUGGCUCUCCUUGAGAGUGACCAAACUUUUGGGUCGUACAUCUGAAAAUCAAUAAUAAACAUAGUAAACGUAUUAGCUGUGGGUGAGCGUGAUCAAUCUAUAUUAUAUAUAUCGAUCAUUAUGAUUUCUAAGUGUGUAUUGUAUUUAAUUUAAAUUCACCUAGUAAUAAUGGUUUUAAAAGAGUGUAUUUGUUUUUGUUUUUUUCUUUCUUGCUAAAGAUCGAAAAUAACAUAUUGUGCAUAUUGUAUUUCUUUUUAAGAAUAUGUUUAAUUAAAUGAUGAGAGAAAUGAUUACUUUGAAAGAAACAAA